ACACCCCCACCCUCGACCUGCACGAGGAAGCUCGAUGAAAAUUCAGAGGGACUCUGACAGAAUUAACAGUGAUAUUGUCCAAGAAUGUUCGCGCGUACCACGACGCCAUGUCGAUCUGUCCGUAGUGGUCAGGCUAAUAAUGUAGUGUACCGUUUAUCAAUAGCAGUCGGCGAGAAGGUGGCAUUUCGGCCUCGGCCGAACUGCGUUUCUCCUCUGGCGCAGGAACCACGCCCAGGAAGCCACAUGGAUCAUCGACAGGCGCCCCCUGAAUCCACUAAGUAACCUUCCAGCGCGGGGAAAAGUGUGCGCACUCACACGGGCCGUGCUAUCGAUCCGCGGCUACUUCUCCAUGGCAAUGGGGAUGGGGGGAGAUUCUUUUCCUUUCAUUGUUCUGGUUUGUUUCUUGUCCUUUAUGUUUCUCGCGUGCUUCUUUAGGGCAGCCGGUGGGCUCAUUGCAAUAUACGGAAGCCAAACCUUGAAGUGUUGGAGUCGCACGCCGCUAGGUAUGCUUAAACUGACACUAGCGGGGAAUGUUGAAGCGGGUAAGAAGGGCAUAGCGGAGAAAACUAGUUCCCCGAAUAGUAGAUUCUAUUUAAAGUCGUUCGACAGCUUCAUUUUCCACGAAAUUAGGGCAUGAGCAUUCGUCUUCCAGCUGUAGAAGUUUGAAAGGGAAUAUGUGUUUGAACUUUCAAGAAAUUUCACAUCAACCACCGAUGGCGACGGUCUAUUAGUCUAGUUGGUUAGGACGUCGGAUUCUGAUAUUGGAACUUCUGUAGGCCCAGGUUCGAAUCCUGGAUGGACCUCAUUUU